GCGUCUUUGCAGGCCUUGUUUCGAUACCCGGCUAACCCGGCCACAGUGGCGGGAGCUUACGAAGCGAUUUCUUAUCGCCAGCUGUCUGCGAUGGCGCGCCUGGUAAAGUGUAUAAAUUUAGCUCGCCGGUCUCAAAAUGCUCCUUUUGCGAAGUUUUCGUCGUCCUUGCACGUCGCUUCUUUGUCACCGUUCGGUAAAAUUUGCAGCCCGCUGCACCGCUGCGGCAGUUUUCUCGGUUUUGUCGUUUCCUUCGGCGUGCGGCCAGUGCGAAGUCUUUUUCUGUCUUUGCACGCUUCGCGCUCUUCUUUUGAAGCGCUUAGCGCUUCAUUUCAAGAUGAGCUUGCGGCAUGUGAAGAAACGAUGCUCCGUGGUACACUGCGACAGCGUGGAUAGUACCAUUGGUGUCACGCUACAUCGAUUCCCGCUGGACUUUCACAGGUGCCGAGCGUGGGCGCAGUUCUGCCGCAACGUCAGCCUGGAGAAGGCGCCGUCGCAGCUACGAGAACUCAGGAUUUGCUCGAGGCACUUCGAACCAUCUGUGUAUCUGCCGUCAGGAAGGCUGCGACAUGAUGCUUUGCCUACUCGAGCAAGCAUUGCCGACACCUCAAGCGAAUGCAGCAGCGACAUGGACUGUUCACAAUCUCUGAGCGAAACUUUGGCAUCAGUGCGCCGGGCUGAAGAACCAGCUGCUGUCUCCGGUGAACCUGUUUCCAAGGGGUACGUCCACAGUCGGCCGUCCCAGUCGCUGCUACUCUUCCAAGAAGAUGCAGAUGGUGCCAGCCCUACUGGUUAUACGCUGAACCAAGCUUGUUCCCACGCCAGUGGCUUCAUAAUGGUUAAGUCUGACCACACAUAUGCAGGACCAAGCACUGAAGCAAGCGCUUCAUCUCUGGAACCUGGCACGGCAGGGGUGGCCGCAACACUGUCAGCGAGUGCUGAUCUGUCACCAGGAGCUCCGUUCAGCAGUUCGCCUCUUUCUUAUGAAGGCUGGAUCCCCCAACACCGGAGCCGAAAGAAAUUGUUCGCUCCGGAGACAGCGAAGAUUGUGCCUAGGAGGAACGAUGAAGCUCAUAGGUGCAGAAAUGCGCCGACGAGAUCGCGAAUAAAAAAACAACACAUCACGAAAAUGAACAAGAGGGCUGACCAGCAUAUUUGGAAAUCGUUCGUUCAACCCAGUGAUUCGCAAGCUCUUCUAUAGCCAGACCCUGCUUUAGGGUGCGGCGUGUGUUGAGUGGUUCGUCAGUGUUCAAAACUACAAUUAAAAAUGAACGCAAAGAUUGCCCUCCGAUUUCUAGUCACUUGCACGUUGCAUAAAUACCACGCAGAAGCCAGUGCUCCA